AUGGUUCACGAAAUUUAUUCCUAUUCAUUAGAUCAAUUAGACAAUUUAGAAAAGAAUCUUGAAUUUCAAACUUUCAAUUCCGAAACCGCUUGGAAUUUAGGGAGCUGUGCCCGUAAAUUAGCCAACGAAAAAUAUCCUGGAAAAUCCAUCUUGAUAAAUAUUACAUUAUCAGAUGGUCAUGUAUUAUUUCAAACUGCGGUUGGUAAAGGUACUACAAUAGAUAAUGAUAAAUGGGUACAACGUAAAAUUAAUACUGUUUUAAGAUUUGGUAAAUCCAGUUUUUAUAUUGGUCAAAAAUUAAGAAUUAAAGAAAAAUCUAUUGAAGAUGCUAAUUUUGUAAGUUCAUUUGAUUAUGCAAGUCAUGGUGGUAGUGUUCCUUUGAAAUUAGUUAAUUUUGAUUCCAUUAUUGGUGCUUUGACAAUCAGUGGUUUGGCUCAAGAAGAGGAUCAUUUAUUUGCAAUUGAAAUAUUGGAAACUUUUCUUCAUAUGUAG